CGAGCCAGUUCCGACGUAGAGCGCAGACGACUAAGACUAAUCCUAAUAGAGCUGUCGGUCCGUUUCCGCAGCAACGUGUGCGUCGUGUUUCAUCAGUGAAUCGACAACAAUCGAACGAUCGUUUUCCAUGCUCGUUAUUUAUUGACCGGUAUCGAUAUCGUUCGUCAGUGAUCCAAGCAACCGGUCGCGAUUAACAUGGAAGCGCGGAUGUCCUGGCUGAUCCUGCUGCAGGUGUCGUCUGUGCUCGUCCACGGCUACGACAACGUGGGGUUCGACGGCUGGUAUCAACCGGUUCCGCAUCGGCCGGUCGACAUCAUCACGGAUGUUAUUAACGACCUAGGCGUGAGGAUUCUGCAGCAGUACACAGCCCACGGGAACGUUGCAUUCUCGCCGACAGGGGUUGCCUUCGUCCUGGCAGCGCUCUACGAGGGCUCGGCAGGAAGAGGCAGGCAACAGAUAGCGGAUGCUUUAGGCCUGCCACGAGACCGGCAGAUCACCAGGAUCGGUUUUCGUGAUAUUCAUCGGAGACUGAGGACGUAUCUGAACGCGAACGGCUUCCUUGGAGGUUUGACCCUCAAUCAAGAGAACACCAAACUAAGACCCGAAUACGAGGACAUUCUGAGGUUCUAUGGAUUCGAUCUGUCCAUACCUGAGGAGGAAAUGAACGAAACCACCUCUGUACCCGAAACGACUACCAAUUCGAUGACGGAACAAACUAUGACGGAGACGGUUCCUGACGAAACUACCAUGGUAAUGACCAGUCAACAAGGUUCUGAGACACCGAUCUCGACUACACCAUCCGUGGAAGUAUUCGGGAUGACGAUGAACACUGAAGAUGUUCAAGACAGAUUCACUCAAACUACCCCUUCGGGUACUACUCUGACGGAUGUCACUAGUGGUACUACUGUACCUGGACCAACUAUGACACCAUCUGAAGAGACGACUACCAUUGUACCAGAAGUUCCUACAACGAUUCCUCCUGAUGAUUCUUCGACCACUACCGUGAACACUGUUCAGCCUACGACUGUUCGAUCGUCAACUCCAACCACCAGUCCAUCAACGAUGAUGGAAGGAGAUUCAGGAUCAACCAGUGUUGGUAGUCAGACAACCGAUUCACCUAUCACUAGUACCGGGUCGGAUUCUGGUGUUACUGAACCCAUGCCGGAGUCAACGACCACGUCAGCGACCACGUCAACGACGAUAGGUACAUCUACCGUGUCGAUUACUACGGUUAUGGAAAGCACGACGAGUUCGACGAUCCCGACGCAGACAGGAUCACCAGCUGUAGAUGCAAAUACCGUUUCAACGGGCUCCUCGAGCAAUCAGUCUGUCUCGAACGAGAUGGGAUCUACCGAUUCGCCAGUCACGACAGCCAUCAGCACAGGUGAAACCGGGUCGAAUGAACAGUCGACCACUGUACCCUCCACUAUGAGCGGCACGAUCAAUCGAAGGAAACGUAACAUCAGAGGCCCGAGGGGAUUCUUCUCCAGUUAUCCAGACGAAGGUAUCUGGAUGCAGGAUCUAGGCAUCUGGAAGCCCUAUUCCACGAGCCUGAACGAGGCGUCCGUUAGAGACUCGACGGAAAUAUCAUUUCUGGUGAACGGAUGUGACGUUUCAUCGGUCACAGCUACCAGAUACAUCGCUGUUUUACCAUUCGCUUAUUUUCCAUCGUUGCACGCGGUUGCUCUUGAAUUUCCUCUCGAUGAUCCUAGGUACAAUAUUCUGCUGAUGAUGGCCACAGACAGGCGGGACACGUAUAGGCUGGCCAGAGAUCUUGGUGGGAAGUCAUUAAGGUUGCUGAGGAAACAAUUACAGGCCACUUGGGUCAGGGCCACGAUACCGUCCUUCAUGUUACGUGGUUUUGUCACUUUGACGUCCUUCCUGCAGAGGUUGGGAAUCUUGGACGUGUUUGAACCCAGGGCUGCAGACUUGUCGCCGAUGACCCCGGAUCUAGGGGUGUACGCGAGGGACGUGCAGCAGAGCAUCGGUGUCAACAUCAGAAAUUAUAUGAAACCAGAUAGGACCCACUCUCGUGAGUCGACCAAUUCUGAUCUCCGCUUGAUCGUUCCACCUCGUCGAGACUAUUACCGAUACUAUCAUCCAGGUAACGGACUGUUUGAAAGAGCUGGGCCAGUGCCAUUCACGGUCGUCCAUCCGUACCUCUACUUCAUCGUCGAUGCUGAAACAUCAGUGACUUUGAUCGCUGGCCGAGUUAACGAUCCGCUCAAUUCACGGAUACUUUAGACUCUGGUACACACUGUUCAAGGGAAAGCAGACGAGUUUCAUAGUAGUAAUAAUAAACAUGUGUUUAUUUGACAUACUUAUAAAUAUCG